CAGGGUCGACAUGUUAAAACCGGUCAGCUGGCGGCCAUCAAAGUUAUGGAUGUUACUGAGGAUGAAGAGGAAGAAAUCAAACUUGAGAUAAAUAUGCUGAAGAAAUACUCACAUCAUAGAAAUAUUGCAACAUAUUACGGUGCUUUCAUUAAAAAGAGCCCUCCUGGACAUGAUGACCAACUCUGGCUUGUUAUGGAAUUCUGCGGGGCCGGGUCCAUUACAGAUCUUGUAAAGAACACCAAAGGGAACACACUGAAAGAAGACUGGAUAGCUUACAUCUCCAGAGAAAUCCUGAGGGGGCUGGCACAUCUUCACAUUCAUCAUGUGAUUCAUCGGGACAUCAAGGGCCAGAAUGUACUGCUGACUGAGAAUGCAGAGGUGAAACUAGUUGAUUUUGGUGUGAGUGCCCAGCUGGACAGGACGGUUGGGAGGAGAAACACAUUCAUUGGCACCCCCUACUGGAUGGCUCCCGAGGUCAUCGCCUGUGAUGAGAACCCAGAUGCCACCUAUGAUUAUAGAAGUGAUCUUUGGUCUUGUGGCAUUACAGCUAUUGAGAUGGCAGAAGGUGCUCCCCCUCUCUGUGACAUGCAUCCAAUGAGAGCGCUGUUUCUCAUUCCCAGGAACCCUCCUCCCCGGCUGAAGUCAAAAAAAUGGUCAAAGAAAUUUUUUAGUUUCAUAGAAGGGUGCCUGGUGAAGAAUUACAUGCAACGGCCCUCCACAGAGCAGCUUUUGAAACAUCCUUUUAUAAGGGAUCAGCCAAAUGAAAGGCAAGUUAGAAUCCAGCUUAAGGACCAUAUAGACCGGACCAGAAAGAAGAGAGGAGAGAAAGAUGAAACAGAGUAUGAGUACAGUGGAAGUGAAGAAGAGGAGGAGGAAGUGCCUGAGCAGGAGGGAGAGCCAAGUUCCAUUGUUAAUGUGCCUGGUGAAUCAACUCUUCGAAGGGAUUUUUUGAGACUGCAGCAGGAGAACAAGGAACGUUCUGAGGCUCUUCGGAGACAACAGCUACUGCAGGAGCAACAGCUCCGUGAGCAGGAAGAAUAUAAAAGGCAGUUGCUAGCAGAGAGACAAAAACGGAUUGAGCAACAGAAGGAACAGAGACGGCGUCUAGAAGAGCAACAAAGGAGAGAGCGUGAAGCUAGAAGGCAGCAAGAACGUGAGCAGCGAAGGAGAGAACAAGAAGAGAAGAGGCGUCUGGAGGAGUUGGAAAGAAGACGCAAAGAAGAAGAAGAGAGGAGACGGGCAGAAGAAGAAAAGAGAAGAGUAGAAAGAGAACAGGAGUAUAUCAGGCGACAGCUUGAAGAGGAGCAGCGGCACUUGGAAAUCCUUCAGCAGCAGCUGCUCCAGGAGCAGGCCAUGUUACUGCAUGACCACAGGAGGCCGCACCCGCAGCAGCACCCGCACUCGCAGCAGCAGCAGCCACCGCCGCAGCAGCAGGAAAGAAGCAAGCCAAGCUAUCACGCUCCAGAGUCCAAACCCCAUUAUGAACCUGCUGACAGAGCUCGAGAGGUGGAAGAUAGAUUUAGGAAAACUAACCACAGCUCCCCUGAAGCCCAGUCUAAGCAGACAGGCAGAGUUUUGGAGCCACCAGUGCCUUCCAGAUCAGAAUCUUUUUCCAAUGGCAACUCCGAGUCUGUACAUCCUGCCCUGCAGAGACCAGCGGAGCCACAGGUUCCUGUCAGAACAACGUCUCGUUCCCCUGUUUUGUCCCGUCGGGAUUCUCCACUGCAGGGCAGUGGACAGCAGAAUAGCCAAGCAGGUCAAAGAAACUCCACAAGCAGUAUUGAGCCCAGGCUGCUAUGGGAAAGAGUCGAGAAACUGGUGCCCAGGCCUGGUAGUGGCAGCUCCUCGGGGUCCAGCAACUCAGGAUCCCAGCCUGGGUCCCACCCCGGGUCUCAGAGUGGUUCUGGGGAGCGCUUCAGAGUGAGAUCAUCAUCUAAAUCUGAAGGCUCUCCAUCUCAACGCCUUGACAAUGCAGCAAAAAAGCCUGAAGAUAAAAAAGAAGUCUUUAGACCUCUCAAACCUGCUGGUGAAGUGGACUUGACGGCACUGGCCAAAGAGCUUCGAGCAGUGGAAGAUGUGCGACCGCCUCACAAAGUGACCGACUAUUCCUCAUCCAGUGAGGAGUCAGGGACAACAGAUGAAGAAGAUGAUGAUGUUGAACAAGAAGGGGCUGAUGAGUCCACCUCAGGACCAGAGGACACCAGAGCAGCGUCAUCUCUGAAUUUGAGCAAUGGUGAAACAGAAUCAGUGAAAACCAUGAUUGUCCAUGAUGAUGUAGAAAGUGAACCUGCCAUGACCCCGUCUAAGGAGGGCACUCUAAUUGUCCGCCAGACUCAGUCCGCUAGUAGCACACUCCAGAAACACAAAUCUUCCUCCUCCUUUACACCUUUUAUAGACCCCAGAUUACUACAGAUUUCUCCAUCUAGUGGGACAACAGUGACUUCUGUGGUGGGAUUUUCCUGUGAUGGAAUAAGACCAGAAGCCAUAAGGCAAGAUCCUACCCGGAAGGGCUCAGUGGUCAAUGUGAAUCCCACCAACACUAGGCCACAGAGUGACACCCCUGAGAUUCGUAAAUACAAGAAGAGAUUUAACUCUGAGAUUCUGUGUGCUGCCUUAUGGGGAGUGAAUUUGUUAGUGGGUACAGAGAGUGGCCUGAUGCUGCUGGACAGAAGUGGCCAAGGGAAGGUCUAUCCUCUUAUCAACAGAAGACGAUUUCAACAAAUGGAUGUGCUUGAAGGCUUGAACGUCUUGGUAACAAUAUCUGGCAAAAAGGAUAAGUUACGGGUCUAUUAUUUGUCUUGGUUAAGAAAUAAAAUACUUCACAAUGAUCCAGAAGUGGAGAAGAAACAGGGAUGGACCACUGUAGGGGAUUUGGAAGGAUGUGUACACUAUAAAGUUGUAAAAUAUGAAAGAAUCAAAUUUCUGGUAAUUGCUUUGAAGAGUUCUGUGGAAGUUUAUGCAUGGGCACCCAAGCCAUAUCACAAAUUUAUGGCCUUUAAGUCAUUUGGAGAAUUGUUACAUAAGCCAUUACUGGUGGAUCUCACAGUUGAGGAAGGCCAGAGGUUGAAAGUGAUCUAUGGAUCCUGUGCUGGGUUCCAUGCUGUUGAUGUGGAUUCAGGAUCAGUCUAUGACAUUUAUCUACCAACACACAUCCAGUGUAGCAUCAAACCCCAUGCAAUCAUCAUCCUUCCCAACACAGAUGGAAUGGAGCUUCUGGUAUGUUACGAGGAUGAAGGGGUUUAUGUGAAUACAUAUGGAAGGAUCACCAAGGAUGUGGUUCUGCAGUGGGGAGAGAUGCCAACAUCUGUAGCAUAUAUUCGAUCCAAUCAGACUAUGGGCUGGGGAGAGAAAGCCAUAGAGAUCCGAUCUGUGGAAACUGGUCACUUGGAUGGUGUGUUUAUGCACAAAAGGGCUCAAAGACUAAAAUUCUUAUGUGAACGUAACGACAAGGUAUUCUUUGCCUCUGUCCGGUCUGGUGGCAGCAGUCAGGUGUAUUUCAUGACCUUAGGCAGGACUUCUCUUCUGAGCUGGUAGAAGUGGUGUGAUCAGAGAAGUGCUGGCCUCCAGAGUCUUCAAGAUCCUGAGAACUUGGAAUUCCUUGCAACUGGAGCUCAGACCUGCAUUGGUGCAGUCCAGGACAGCUGUGUGUGCAGACCUCCCAUGUUGGGUCCUUUCUCUCCUUUCCUUUCUACUCCUCUCUUCCCAGUUGACCACCCCAUGCUCUUCUUUUCCUUACUCAAAAAUAAAUCAAGGCUGCAAUGCAGCUGGUGCUGUUCAGAUUCUACCAUCAGGUGCUAUAAGCGUUUGGGAUUGAGCAUCAGACUAGAGAGCAAAUACCUUUCCUUCAGCUCCAGAAUUCCUUGUCUCUGAAUGACUCUGUCUUAGGGUGUCUGACAGUGGAGACUAUGAACAUGCUGUUGGUUUUAUGGGAAGUGGGCACAAGGAGGUAAAAAGUGGUGGUAUAAAAAGCAGUGUGCUGAAGCAGAGAGCAGAUUUAAUAUAGUAACAUUAACAAUGUAUUUAAUUGACAUUUCUUUUUUGUAAUGUGACAAUAUGUGGACAAAGAAGAAGGUGCAGGUUUAAGAAGUUAAUAUUUAUAAAAUGUGAAAGACACAGUUACUAGGAUAACUUUUUUUGUGGGUGGGGCUUGAGAGGUGGGGUGGGUUGGUUAAGGGGGGUCCCGUUUUGUUUCUUGAAUUUUUUUUUUUUUUUUUUUGGCCUGGCCAAGAACUCAGUCAUUUUCUGUGUACCAGGUUUUGCCUAAAUCAUGUGCAGAUGGUUCU